GCAUCGUGCUGAAAACCGAUUGUGGUGGAAGGUUUCCCAAAGUUACGAAAUUUGUUUAACAUAAACGUCUGACUGAAUUGAAUCGUCUGACACUCCUGUGUAGUUUUCGCGCCAAUCAAACAACGCUAACCUCAGAUGUCGUUAUACUUCGGUACGUGUUGUUUCUUGUAGAGAGGCGUUCUGAACAAUUGUGCUUCACAUCCAACAUGUUAGCCUCCGGUGUUGCCUCUUCUCCUACGCCGACCAUGGUCGACGAGAAUGAGUUGGAUAAAAAGGCUUUCCAGGAUGAGUUGGAACGGAAGCGUCUUUUGCAACUCGAAACACUGGAACGAAAGCUUGCCGGUUUCGCCGAGUUCAACAAAGUUCAACGAAAGAAACACCCCUACGUCGUCCAUGGUAGGACUGGGAGCAAACGGUUACAGAGCAUCGAAAAUUUACGCAAAUCGGAAGACGCGAAUAACAAUAAUGAGGAUGUUGUUGAAUUUACCGAUUCACCCUCAUACAUUAAAGGAACGAUGCGGGACUACCAGAUUAGCGGUCUUAACUGGCUGAUUUCCAUGUACAAUAACAAUCUGAACGGCAUUUUGGCCGACGAAAUGGGACUUGGCAAAACUAUACAGUCCAUUUCCAUGAUUGGUUAUCUGAUGUCCGUACGGAAGCUAAAGGGACCUUUUCUGGUCGUAGUACCCCUUACAACAUUGCAUAACUGGAUGAAUGAGUUUGAGCGAUUUCUCCCGUCCGCUAAAGUGUUCAAGGCAUAUGGGAUCGGCGCACUAAAAAGAGCGGUCAUCGCAGAACUGCGCGCUACGAAACCGUCGUGGAAUGUAGCUCUCACAACAUACGAGUUUAUAUACAACAACAGUGUCCACUUCAGACGAAAUCAUUUUCACUAUGCCAUAAUUGAUGAGGGCCAUCGCGCCAAGAACGAGAAGACCCGGUUUGCACGCGUGCUUAGAGCAUGUGAUAUCCAGAGUAUGGUGCUACUAACCGGUACACCGGUGCACAACAAUCUGCACGAGCUGUGGGCUUUGUUAAAUCUCUUAAUGCCACUGUUUUUUAGUAGCGCCGAUAACUUCGAUAGCUGGUUCACGGUAGAGAAUUGUGUCGACCCCCAGAACGAGCAAACGAUUCGGUUGAAGAAUCUGCUCAAACAUUUGCUUCUGCGCCGCACAAAGCAAGAGGCGGCUCCCUCCAUUCCACCGAAGGUACACAUCGACAUUUACGUGCCACCGACGGAGCAAAUGUGUCUCUGGACGCAUAAGGUGGUGCACUAUGAUGUGCAGGUAAUGAAUUCCAGCGGAUACAUGCGAACUUUCCGCCAGGCAAACAGAAUGCCUCACUUGAGAAAAGUGAUUCAACAUCCCUACUUGAUACCGGGUGCAGAGAAUAAGGAAACUCACCUUGUGACAGAUGAUAUCGUGAAUUUUAGCUCGAAAAUGAUCCUACUAGACAAGCUACUGGCAAGGCUCAAGGCACGCGGCUCCAAAGUUUUGAUAUUUUCCCAGUACACCAUGGUGUUGGAUAUACUGAUGGAUUAUAUGGAGUGGCGCAAGUACGAGUACUGCUUGCUGUCCGGAGCAACCGUAAACGAAAGACGCCAGGCACAGAUGGACGAGUUUAAUCGCCCCGGUUCGAGCAAGUUCGUGUUUCUGCUGUGCACGCGAGCCGGCGGUCUUGGUAUAAAUUUGGUAGCGGCCGACACCGUCAUAUUCUACGACAUGGAUUUCAAUCCGCAAAUGGAUUAUCAGGCAGAAGAUCGUGCUCAUCGGAUCGGGCAAACACGCAAAGUGCAUGUGCUGCGAUUGCUUGUGCGCGGCAGCAUAGACGAGCUGUUGUACCAUCAUUCCACGCGCAAACGACUGCUAGAUGAGGCGGUGAUAAGGAACAAUUUGAAGAAAUCUAUCCUGGAAAAGAUUGCAUUAGAAUACCAGCGCACAUCGUUGAUGGCACAUGGGCUAGUUGAUACGGCAGCAAUAGAUGAAAAGCUAGAUGAGCUGUUUCGUUCGAUGGGCAAUUUGGAUGAACCAUUUUCCAAACAUUCCGGAUUGCAGGAAGAUUGCAAGAUUGUGCUGCCUGGCAUUCCGACCGAUUUGCAAUUCGACACAUUGCUCAAUUCCGUCAACAAAUCUAGCAAGCGUCCACAAACGGAAAUCGAAGUUCCCAUCGCGAGUAAACGUGCGCGAUACGGUAUUCACCAGUAAUCACAAAACGGGAGUAAUCUCCUGCGCUACCCUUUGUGUAUAGGACGUUGUGUUUUUUGAUACCUGUUUAAUUAUCCUCAGUAUUAUGUAAGCAGCUGGAAUUGAACUGCAUGUUGGCACGUACUUCGUUUAAUUAUAGGACGUAGGAUACCUGUUUAAUUGUCCUCAGUAUUAUGUAAGCAGCUGGAAUAGAACUGCAUGUUGGCCCGUACCUCGGUAGGAGAAAUAAAUACUCAUUUCCUUUCAUUCUAAA